ACAUUUCGCUCCACAUUAAUAACGUUAAUUGCUGGAAACCCGCGAGACAAGCAGAAGCUGACAAUAUGGUGGAGUGGUCAGAUGCCGAGCGCAGUGCCAUUGCGGGCGUCUGGGGCAAAGUGAAUAUUGAUGAGAUCGGACCCCAGGCUCUGGGCAGACUGCUGAUCGUCUACCCCUGGACUCAGCGGUAUUUCGGAUCCUUUGGAGAUUUGUCCAGUGCGGCUGCCAUUAUGGGAAACCCUAAGGUGGCUGCGCACGGCAAAGUCGUGCUGGGAGCUCUGGACAAGGCUGUGAAGAACCUGGACAACAUAAAGGCGACCUACUCCAGUCUGAGCCUGCUCCACUGUGAGAAACUCAACGUGGACCCUGAUAACUUCAGACUGCUGGCCGAUUGCCUCACCAUUGUGGUUUCCAUCAAAUUAGGAGGUGCGUUCUCCCCCCAAGUUCAGGGCACAUUUCAGAAAUUUCUGGCAGUCGUUGUUGCAGCUCUGAGCAGCCGUUACUUUUAAACUUCCUACCAAGACAGUGUUUGCAUCUGGGCAGUAUUUGAUGGCUUUACGUCACAUGAUUGAAAUAAAAUAAAGGUUGAAUCAUCUA